GCGUGUUCCAUGCCAGACAAGAUAGGCAGGUUUUACUUCAUUCCCACGGCAUGCUGGGUAACUUUCCCUUUAGUUAUCAGUUAUUUGUGGCAUUCACUAGUCCAAUCCAAACACGGGAAGGAGACAGCCCCUGUAUAUUUCACCUGCAUCCUCCACCAACCUGGUCAAGACAGGGCACCCACCUACAUCCAGCUACGGAAGCCCAGGCAGACCACCCUUCCUCUGCAAGAUGAACGUGGUGGAUUUAGACCUGCACAUCACCCAGCCAGACUGGAUUCCCACCAUGUACUCUUUGUUUGAAGACGACAGCAGCAGGAGCACGGGGUCACCCAACACCCCAACGUUAAGCUUGAAGGCCAGCGAGAGUGAGGACUAUGACCCAGAUGGAGAGGAGAAGCUGUGCUCUGUGUGUGGGGACAAGGCCAAUGGCUACCACUUCCAUGUUCUCACCUGUGAAGGCUGCAAAGGGUUCUUCAGACGUUCCGUCAGCAAAGGGCUUCACUUUACUUGCCCCUUCACCCGCACCUGUGCCAUUACCAAAGCCAAGCGGCGGCGAUGCCAGGCCUGCAGACUGCAGAAGUGCUUGAGCGUGGGCAUGAGGAAAGACAUGAUAAUGAGUGAACAGGCACUAGCCCAGCGCCGGGCCCUGAGGAGCAGGAAGAAGCAUGAGAGAUUGAGCAGGAGGGAGCCGGAGCCGGAGCCAGUCAUGGGGUCGCUGACGGAGGAGCAGAUGAAGUUGGUCUCCCUCCUCACUGAAGCGCACCUCAAACACUUUGACCCCACUCUCUCCAACUUCAAGCAUUACCGGCCCCAGCCCAGGAUGCACCUGUUCGUAUACAACAAUUACACGAUCCCCAGUCCAACGGGGUUACCAAGAAGUGGUCUCUUCUCUGAUCUGAGCCUGGCGGAGACCAAUCACAAAGACUUGUUGGCCAAUCCCCAGCUGACCUCCAACAGUUCUACGGACGACGAUUUGCCGCAUUUUGCUGAUCUCAGCACUUACAUGAUCCAGCAGGUCAUCCAAUUCGCCAAGGAGAUUCCAGCUUUCCGGGCUCUUCCUAUGGAGGAUCAGAUCUCACUUCUUAAAGGAUCGUCCAUGGAGGUCGCCCAUAUUCAGUUCAACCGGGUCUACAACACCGAGACCAAUCUCUUUGAGUGUGGAAAACAUAAAUUCAGCAUAAGAGAUGGUGUUAUAACUGGAUUCCAAGAGAUGUACCUGGAACCGGUGAUGAAGUUUCAGCUCAUGUUGAGGAAACUGAAUCUCCAUGAGGCAGAAUAUGCCUUAAUAGAGGCCCUUUGCCUCUUCGCUCCUGACCGUUCAGGUGUGGUGGAACAUGAUAUUAUUGACAAGAUGCAGGAGAACUUGGCUUUAACCUUGAAAUGCCACAUGGAUCUUCAUCACCCACCUCCAGAGAGCAGGUUCCUCUACCCUAAGCUCCUUUCCUUGUUGACCGAACUUCGCACGUUAAAUGAAGAGUAUACACGUCAGAUCCUUCACAUUCAGGAUAUAUCUUCUGAAAACGUCACCCCUCUGAUGAAAGAGAUUCUAUUCUAAAAUGUGGAGCCUCCCAAACAAUAACCAUGAUUGGGAGGUAACGUCAACAAUCAUGAGACUGUGGGGGGAGGGGAUAGACUCUACAUAGAGAUGUCUACAGAUGCACAAGAAGUGAUGGAUCACUCAAAAACUGAAUAAUCAACAUCAUCAUUAUUUUAAGCACUGGUCCUAAACAAUCAUGAAGCCUCAUAGAGGACCUGUGAGUGGUAAUUCCAAGUGGACCUUUACUUAGCACUUACUAAACCCCUGUGGCUUAUCUUUAUAACUACUUUCCUGCGCAAUACCAAUGAAGGAACUCUCUUUAGGGGUCCAACAUGCCAAACCACAGUGUCACUUGAAUGAGACCCAGUAUGAUUAUUGUAAAGUAGCCUCCUCAGAAGCUGAUGUGACUUCUCCUCAACCAGCACCUACAGACUGUGCACUGUUGCCAGAAUAUAGACUAACGUGUUCAUAUUCAAUUUUCACUCUUACCAAGUCCAGAUCAGCCUUACUUGCAAUUGUCUGCAACAAUAAGGCCAGUCAUGGCUGCCCAACUAUUUUUGUACUAUUUUUUUUACUGCAGUGACACUUUAAUAAGAAAUACGUUCUUAAGGAUGUUUCUAUGUAGUUAAAGACGGUGAUGACCUAUCACGGUGGACUUUAAAUAUAUGUAUAAAUAUAUAAAUAUAUGUAUAACAUUUUUAACAAUGAUCUCAAUAACCUUAAAAAACUUGGCUUGUCCAGCUGGAAAUCAAACCUACUGCACUUUGGCAUUGGGGAGCCCGAGACCCCUCUUCUAGAAAGAAGACUAGGUUGAAUGAUCAAGGUGGAACUCUUGAUGGAUCUUCUCGAAAGCAAGAGAACGCUGCUAGGAACAGUGUAGAGUAAGCCUUAUGUAGCAGGAAAAUACAUUUGCUGAAUCAGCCAUGAAAGUACUUAUUAAUAAAAAAGAAGUUCUUGGAA